UAGCAGUUGCAGUUUCGUUGCAGUUGCGUUUCACCGUCUGUUCUGGGCCUCUAGUGAAUGUGUAGUAUUUAUCUGAUAAUAUGUAUUACUUUUAUUCAUGCAAACUACUUCUAGCUAUGGAUUAUGAUGGAGAAUCUAAUUCAAGGCGAGGUUUUGAACAAGAAAUUCGUCUAUUAUACAACGAGAGGACCACAAAACCAGAAUGGACACGCAAGAGAAUUAGUAAAGUCAUAAGCCACAUUGAGGAGUACGAAGCGUCACCUCGACUAAACGUCAGGGGAAACAACGAGUAUAACAACCAAUACUUUUACGCAAACCAUUAUGAAGUUAUGCAGGUAUCAGGACAAAAGUAUUUAGUUUUCAAACGAAAAUCCACUGGUGAUCCUAUUAUAAAAAUUCUACCCUCCGAAGAAUAUUAUGAUGCUCUGUUAGAGAUUCACAAAAGAACAGCGCAUGGUGGUCGCGACAAAAUGUUACAUAUUUUGAAGAGGAACUGUCAGUAUUUUAUACCUAAGCCGGUGGUUGUCAUUUUCGUUAAACAAUGUGUAAAGUGUCAAAAUAGGCGUUUUGGAAGAUCAAAGAGUCGCAUUCCAGCUGGGUGCGCAGUUAACUCGAUCGAGUUUUAGUUUCGAACUCAUUUAAUAACAACCGAGGGCAAGUAGAUUUAAUAAAAGACCUGAAAUCAGUACCAACUUUAUUACAAAUACUAUUAAUCUUAAUUACUUUAAUACAUUAUUACUGCUAAUAAGUACUGGUAAAGGUCGCGGGAAGAGCCUGGAUGCGGGCAGCGCAGGACCGUUCAUUGUGGAAAACCUUGGGGGAGGCCUUUGUCCAACAGUGGACGUCAUUUGGCUGAAACGAACGAAUAAGUAUUGUAAACAAUAAUUGCAGAUCACAAAAAUUUGAUUUUUGUAAUAAAAAUAAAAACUUGUUAGCUAGAUUGUUUUAUUUUAUUCUAUAGUACCUAGAUUAUAACUAAUAAUCAGAUUAGUUAGACAAUAAUAUAAUCAUAUUUUUAUCAUUCAGUGGUCAGUAGUGCACAA